AUUUGCAUGGACGCCAUUGAAUAGAUCUCUUGAACAAAGACGUGAAUAAUAAUCGGCAAUGCCUGUAGACAAAGAGAAAAUGAAAGAACUCCACAUUAAUCUCAUAUCAUCCAUAGCCUUAGACUAUCUCGACCCCUCAGUUAAUAGUGGAUACGACCACCAGAGGUUUUUGUUGAACUGCAGACGGUAUCUGAAAACGCCACGAGAACAAUCUAUAAGAGAUGUUGUCAAAGUAUUGGAUUGUUUUGAACAGAAAGGUCUGAUGUCUCCAGGAAACUAUAAAGUCUUAAAAGAUGUGGUAAAAGACGUUAAUGUGCAAAUUGUUGAACUAAUAAAAGACACAGAAAGAAAUAUGGGCAUUUCUGGGUGUGAAGGAGACUUUGAGAGUGAUGACGAAAAGUCAGACGACAGUAAACGCAGAAAAGACAAGGACAACAAAGCGUCCCAGGGUGGAAAAGAAUCUUUUAAAACAGACGGUGUCUCACAUGUUUACAACACAUACAAUUUUGGGGAUAUCAACGCUGGAGGAGGAAUAAUUGCCUUCGGGAAUACAGGAAAUGCAAGGAUUAAACAGACGAAAUGAAAUUUGAACUUUUAUAAAUUUUCAAAAAGAGUAUCAAACUUACAGAUAUGGUUUAUUCCAAUGCUUCAUUUUGAGUCAUUAGAUAACCGGGAUAACUCAGGGUCAUUGUUUGAGUCUCUUCAGUUUUAUUGUGUAAAAUCUGUUCCAAUUCUUUAAAACAGUUCUUUCCAUGAUGUUCAAAAAUGAAAAUUUGGCUAUGUGUGAGAAUUUGCCUAAUGAUUUUGAGGAACAAGCCAUUAGACCUUGUAUCUUACAAUCACAGUUUAGGAGGCUAGGGGGUCAACAAAUUAUUUUUUAUUAACCACCAGAUAUAACUUAAAUUUUGGGAUAUGAUAUCUUAAGCUGUCAACUAUCAUUUGGCAAAGAAAAAUUUCAUAAAUUUUAGUUUUAAAAUUUGAUCAUUUUAUUAUAUCUUUAUAUGGAGUUCUUCUUCUAAAGGAGAUCAAAAUGGUCUAAAAGUGGCCACGACCACCCAGCCUCUUUAAUCUUUAAGUGUACUUUACACUGUAUAUUGACGCAACAACAACAAAAAACUGUAUUUAAUUAAUUGUGUGCGUUUUAUUUGAAUGCCUCUCUGAUAUGUUCAUUUAUUUAAACGUUGAUUAAUAGAUUGAUUGUAUGUUGUG